AUGGCCUCCAUGUGGAAUGACGAUUCAAAGCUCUUCAAGUUGAUCGGGGGAAAGGUCGUGUGUUGUUCGGUCGACGACGAUGACACACUACAAUUCCAUUCCAGCUUCAACAACAGGUCUCAGCGGUGGAGCCUUGAGGCCUUUCAAUACGUCAGCAAACACCCGUAUGUAUUUUUCCAUUGCCGGGUCCAAAUCUGUAACGUUACGGAUCCUACCUCAAGAUGUGCACAAGGCUGCAUAGAGAGAAGGCGAAGAAGCGCGAAGAUCCUUCAUGACAACCCGGAUGACAUAUAUGCUUUAGCCCAGGGUCCUCUUGCCCUGAACCGAGAGAAGAAAGAAGCAGAAGUCGACGACGCGGUUGCCUUGGAUAAGAGCACGCUCAAAGUCAAGACAGGUUUCCACGUGCCAGUUUUAGUUUCGUUGGGUGUGCUCGUCAUAUUUUGCGUGGUGGGAAUGAUAUGGCUGAAGGUCACUUCGAACAAAGAGAGAGUCGCAAAGCAGUUCAUACCACUUUACGAGGACCUGCAGAAGUGAUAACGUCACAGAGAAGUUUCUGACCACAAUUACCGAGUGUUGAACCAAUUCUAGUUAAAACGUGUGUCUCGUAGUUAACAAUUGCAGGCAUAGAAGUAAAGUUAAAAAGGAGAGGAUUACUCUCGAUGCCAAGUCGUUCUUAUAAUUUUUCAGAAAGAUUCGUGUUGUUUUUACCAAAUCAGUAGAAUUUCAAACACUUUCAGUUCCGUAACCUGUUUAUCGUUGAUUUUAUAAUUCAUCCAACAAGAAUUGUGUUAGAAAAUUAACAAUUUUUUUGUUUUCUAUAGAAUUACUUUCGUGGAAAUAUCGUUAUAUCUUGGUACAAUUAAUUUUUUUCUGGAGAUAUUUUGCUUUUAAUUAUAGGAUAACUAAACUAGUGAGCGCGCUCUGAUCAGUGCAAAAACCAGUGCUCAUUGAACUGGUUAACCCGUAGCUGCUUUAUGAAAAUAAUAAAUGCAGGACUUAUAACUUACUUGUGAUAACUAUAAAUCAGGCUUACAAAAGUAACGGCUAACACUUUAAGAAAAAAGACUACGGGAGAGGCAAAUAAGACAAUGCCAAGCAUAAGCCAAGGAAAAGUGGUUUCUCCUAAUAGCCACGAGUAGCCUGGACGAUACUAACAAUAAAGUAGUAUUUGUUGGU